AUGCUUUCCCUUCAUCGUUCUAGCAGAGUCGCCUACAGACGCUCAUUUCAGUCCUUGCACCAUGUUUCCAGAGCGUCUCGCAUAGCUUUCUCGUGUAGUGCUUCUCGUUACGGCUACGAAGACACCAUCCAGAAUCUGAAAAUUGGAAAGCAUACCAGAGUCAUCUUCCAAGGCUUCACUGGCAAGCAAGCAACACAAAAUGCCAAGCAAUCCAUCGAAUGGGGCACAAAGAUCGUAGGAGGCGUAAGGCCCGGCAAGAGCGGGGAGCAUCUGGGCCUUCCGGUGUUACCGACUGUGAGGGUAGCGAUGGAGCAGCUGAAGCCUGAUGCCACCGGCAUAUAUGUGGCGGCACACCAGGCGGCUGGCGCUAUUGAAGAAGCCAUUGAGGCAGAGAUCCCGCUCAUUGUUGCUGUUGCUGAACAUGUGCCCUUGCACGACAUUCUUAGAAUCCACUCCAUGCUCAACACCCAGUCGAAGUCCCGCCUCGUAGGCGCGAAUGCACCCGGAAUCAUCUCAGCAAUUGGCAGGUGUCGGAUCGGCUUCCAACCGCUGCCGACCUUCUCUCCAGGCCAUGUUGGGGUUGUAGCAAAGUCAGGCACCUUGAGCUACGAGACCGUAGCGUCCCUCACCCGAGCCGGUCUCGGACAGAGCUUGUGUAUCGGCAUGGGAGGCGAUGUGAUUGCCGGUACCAAUUUUGUCGAUGCUCUGAAGGUCUUUGAGCAUGAUGAAGAUACUGAGGGCAUUAUUCUUGUUGGCGAGGUCGGGGGACGUGCUGAAGAGGAAGCUGCUGAGUGGAUAAGGGAUUAUCGGGGACGUACGGCACAGCCAAAACCCAUAGCUGCAGUGGUUGGCGGCAGGUGCGCGAGGCCAGGGGCUGUGAUGGGUCAUGCUGGUGCAUGGGCUGCUCCGGGAGAGGCUUCCGCAGAGACUAAACACAGAAUAUUGGAAGACGCUGGAGUAACUAUGGUCGAUCAUCCCGAGAAGUUCGGUGGUGUCAUGAAAGAGCUGCUUGCGAAGAGUGGUAGAAACGUGCAAAAGAUUGAGAAAUCAGCGGCCAACCAGCGCAGAGGCUACCAUACACAGCGGAGGAUGCCAUCCGCAGGCUUUCCAUACCGUUCAACCACAUCGAUCGCGAGUCUAGGAACUCAACGUCGAGGCCUUUUCCUCUCCGCAACCCAAGCAGCCGACAUGCUCAGCGAGCAUGGUAUCAAAAUAUCCCCAUCCACGGAGUCAGCUGUAGACUCUCACCUCCUAUCCAUCACCAUCGACCGGCAAUCCCGCAGCCCCUGCAUCCUCGCCUCCCCAACUACCGCCCCCUCCCAAAAUCACCGCCGCGCAAAGCGCUUCCCCUUCGACUACCGCCAAGGUCCCUCCCAGUCAACUCUCCAGGACGCCCUCGCCCACCUCCAACUCGACGCCGCCCCGCCCGUCGCAAAAGCAACCGCCAUGAAGCUGAUGCAAACUCUCUGGAGCAUCUACAAAGAGAAAGAAGCGCUGACGCUAACCGUCCAUCUCGCCGUCGACACCGAGUCCGACAGUCUACGCAUCAGCAACCCCUCUUUCCACUUCGAUGACGCGGCCUUUAGGUCUAACAACCGGCAGGCGGAGUUGCAUGCGCUGCGCGAUUUAUCAAGAGAGGACCCUACGGAGGUCGAGGCGGAGAGGGAUGGGAUUGUUUAUGUCAAACUGCCGACCGCUAGCCCUGGCUCCGGCGCCGCGAGCGGCGGAGACGGAAAAGGGGGAGGGGGAGCGGAGGUAGAGUACGAGAGCUACAACAUCGGCACCCUAGUAAACGGCGCCGGGCUGGCCAUGAACACCGUCGACGCCCUCGCCACUCACAACGGCUUAGCCUCCAACUUCCUCGACACGGGCGGCAAAGCGACGUCCGAGACCGUGAAGCGCAGUUUCGAGCUCGUACUGCGGGACGAGAGGGUGAAAGUUGUUUUCGUGAAUAUUUUUGGGGGGUUGACGCUGUGUGAUAUGAUUGCUGAGGGCGUGCUGAAAGCUUUCAAGGAGUUGGAGAUUAAAGUCCCGGUGGUGGUUAGGCUGAGGGGCACGAAUGAGGAGGAGGGGCAGAGGAUUAUUGCGGAUAGUGGACUACCGUUAUAUGCUUAUGAUGGAUUUGAAGAGGCUGCGAAGAAAGUCGUGGAACUUGCGAGGGAGGCGGAGAUGGCGGAAAGGGGAAAGAGUGAUGUGUAG